AUGCAACCUCUCCUCCAUAUGAUCAUCUUGUUGUUAUGGCGCACAAGUCGAGCAGCGGCAUCAUCAUCAGAUCAAUUAGCACCAAUAGCAAAGCCUAACUGCGAAUCGCAUUGCGGAGAUGUUAGCAUCCCAUACCCUUUUGGGAUUGGUCCCAGCAGCAAUUGUUACUUGUACGAUUGGUUUGAAAUUGAGUGUGACAACUCCACCAGCCCUCCCAAGCCUUUCUUGAGGCUUGCCAAGCUAGAGGUGCUCGAUAUUUCUAUUGAUGGCAUGCUUCGGGUUAACAACCCUGUUACUUUCCUCUACGGAGGAAGAGGAAUUCGCAAAGUAUUGCUAAAUUUGACGGGAAGUCCUUUCGUGUACUCAAAGUACAAUAGACUCACUGCAGUCAGUUGUGGCAUCUUUUUGGCGGUAAUGUCAGAUGAGACUCUUGUUGGUGGGUGCAUGUCAACUUGUGAUAAGGAUCAUUCUCGUAGAGAGAAUUACGGAUGUAUUGGUAUUAACUGUUGCCAGACUACCCUUCCCUCAAACCUCAGUGUCAUCACCAUUGAGUUGCAGCCAGAAUCUGAAAUGGGAAUGCGAAUGCAAACACGAAGAGGAACGAGAAUGGAUGACUACAACUAUGCCUUCAUUGUUGACCAAGAAUGGUUUGAGAAUAACUCAGACGUCAAGGACAAGGGCAGCGUUCCUGUGGUGCUAGAAUGGAGCUUAAGCUUAGACAAUAUGAAUAAUAUAGAUGAAUGCAAAGGCCCUAUUAAUCGGUGUGAGAUUGAUAAUUUGGGUGUCACAAAUACAUGUGAGAAUUAUGUUGGAGGUCAUAGAUGCUACUCAAUUGAAACUGGUCUUGGCUUGAUUCUUGGGCUUUUGCUCCUACUUAUAUAUGUGUACAAACGUAUACACAAAAGGAAAAAGAUUAAACGCAAGGAAAUGUUUUUCAAACGAAAUGGUGGUUUAUUGUUGGAGCAACAAUUAUCAUCAAAUAAAGGUAAUGUAGAGAGAAUCAAGUUGUUCAAAUCCAAGGAGUUAGAGAGGUCCACCCAUAAUUUUAAAAUUAAUAGAAUUCUCGGUCAUGGAGGCCAAGGUACUGUUUACAAAGGCAUGUUGGCAGAUGGAAGACUCGUUGCUAUAAAGAAGUCUAAAAUAGUGGAUGAAGGCAAACUUUCAGAAUUCAUUAAUGAGGUUGUGAUCCUUUCACAAAUUAACCACAGGAAUGUGGUUAAAAUAUUGGGAUGUUGUUUGGAGACUGAAGUUCCUAUUUUGGUUUAUGAAUUCAUACCCAACGGAACCCUUGCUGAGUAUAUCCAAGGGCAAGUUGAGGAGGUUCCACUUACAUGGGAGAUGCGGUUACGAAUUGCCACAGAAAUUGCAGGAGCUCUUUCCUACUUACAUGGUGCAGCUUCCUUUCCCAUUUUCCACAGGGACAUCAAAUCAACAAACAUACUUUUGGAUGAAAAAUACAGAGCAAAAGUUGCUGAUUUUGGAACUUCACGAUCAGUUUCCAUUGACCAAACUCACCUGACAACACUUGUUAAUGGUACAUUUGGUUACUUGGACCCGGAAUACUUCCAUUCAAAUCGAUUUACAGAUAAAAGUGAUGUGUAUAGCUUUGGAGUAGUCCUUGUUGAGCUCUUAACUGGACGAAAACCCGCCGUUUGUGCAGUAACAAGUUCAGAAGAAGAUGAAUAUAGAAGUCUUGCCGCACAUUUCAUUAUUUCGAUGCAAGAAGAUCGUCUAUUUGAUAUUGUUGAGGCUCGAAUUUUGAAGGAGGGCUCUAAAACAGGGAUCAAUGAGUUUGCUAACCUUGCAGGAAGAUGCCUAAAUGUGAAUGGGAGGAAUCGUCCUACAAUGAGAGAGGUCACUACCGAGUUGGAGGCCAUCCAAAAGUCAGAAACAACUUAUAAUGGUGCUCAACCGAACUAUGAAAGGGUGUAAUUUGUUGAAAAUGAAUCACUUGAGCAGCAGAAGAAAGUUGUUUCAAUUCAACACGGUCAGGUUCGGACAUGUUGAUAGUAUGGAAACUUGAGUUGCAUUGGAGAAUGGAAACUUUGCAUUAGUGCUUAAAAAAUAUCUUGAGUUGGAUGCUCGCAUUCUAUCUUCAUCACUACUUG